CUCACGAGGACUUAAUUCUACUGCGCUACACGGUGCAACGGGAACUUUUCAGAUACGCAGCAGGCUGCAUCGAUGAUGUCAACAUGUGAAGCUACAGAUCACAAUUUAAUCCGUCGUCUCUCCUCUCGAACACCAUCGAGCAAUGUCGAUCGCGUCUUUGCGUGAGAAUGGCCAAGGCGCCGGUCAGGAUGCAACAUACGGUCGUCUUGUUCUCGUUCACGCUAUCUUCGCCGUGAUCGCGUACGUCUUCUUGAUUCCUGCCGGCGUCGCGGUCAGCCGAUUUGGUCGACGAACGCUUGGCACGUCUUGGAUCAAGGGUCAUGUAGCAUUUAAUGGUACAGCUGCACUUGUCUUUGCUGUCAUCAGCUUCGCGCUCGGCGUCAAGGCAGUAGGAAAGAUCGGCGAGGUCAAGGAUGUGCAUCACAAGAUAGGUGUAACGAUCUUUGUAUGGCUAUGGGUCCAAGUCAUCCUGGGUAUCGUCUUUGCAGUCAUGCAUCGAACUGGCCAGCGACCAUCGACGCGACCGUGGUACGACUACAUCCACAUGGUCUCUGGCUACCUUCUCAUUGGCCUCGCAUGGGCUCAGCUCUGGCAAGCACUGACAUAUUAUGGGUCGCCCGUGGUUGACUACGUGUUGCUCGCGAUUGCGCAAGGCCUGAUCGUGAUUGCUUGGAUCGCGGCAGAGAUCAGCGUGAAGGGCAAAUCAGAGUUCAUCUCGCUUGCUGGCGAUAACGGCAUCGAUUCCAAAAUGGAGAAGAACAACAACAUGGAGCAAGUCGCGCCCUCUACGGGGAAUUACUCCACCAUCUCGAGCGAUACACCGCCCAAGAACCAUCUGACGAGUCAGUAGUGGCAUAACUAUAAUUGUACGGCGCAGUCAGCCAUUGUUUCUUCUCGUUCAAUCGCUCAGCUCGCCCAUCAUACGAGUUGUUGCGCCCAUUCUAGAGGUUUCUCACAUCAGUCAGGCUUUGUAACACAUCACUGCUGUCUAUGCACACUUGUACAAAAUCAUGAACCAGUUGAGAGGAAGAUGCAAUGGCGUGUACUAGGCUCUUUCUGCGAAGCCGAUCUGGUGAUGCUCUUCGUCAAAGAUCACAGAGAACUUUUCGAUGAGAUGCAAGCCUAGUACCGAAAC